UAGUGACUAGUGUGAGCCCGGACGCCCGCCUGAACGUGGCCCGGCCCUUACGCUGGACCGCCUGUCUCCUACACCUGUGUCCUAACACUCCACACUCCUACCAUACACCUCUACACCCUCCCUAGGUGUAGUGAUCGGGUCGCUACCUGUAAUCAACAAGUACCUGGAGUCUACAAAGUCUUCCAAUAAGGGAGUUAUACCCAAGUGUGCCCAGAUGAUAUUUUGAAAAACCAUAGUCGUCGUGGAGUGUAUGAACAGACUACUUGAUCUCUUGUGUUGGUGGUGCGUGUUUAUGGUUUAAAGUGAUUAUUGUUUGGGUUCUAAAAUGUGUUAGAAAAGUUUUGAUCCAUUGUUCAGUUGUAUACAAAUAUAUGACAACAAUUCAGCCGCGUAUGACAAUAGUGGUCAGUGUUACAGUGUAGAGAGGAACUUGAGUGUUGCUCAGUGUUACCCCUGGAUAUUUUGUACUGUUUCUGCUGGAGUGUGUCCAGUGUUGGCGGUGUAUCUUCAGGAAUGUAGAGAGGAUUGUGGCCGGAGUGUACAGAGUGUAAACCUGUGUUGGCGCGGGAGUGUAGUGUGGCCCCGCGAGGUGAGAAUAAGGUUGAAGGGAGUGAUGGGAUCAGUAGUGAGGCAGGAGACGUUAUAGUGUGUUCUGGAGGAGGGUGACAGAGUAAUGGCGGCCCGUCUGCGAGAUCCGUGUUCUGUGUGCUACCCGAGGCUUAGGAUGGGUUAGCCCCGGGCCCAGUCAGUAUCAGCGAUCUCCUGUCAGCAGACGAUCCCUCGGCUCCCAUCAUCCUCCAACAUGAAGAUGGAAAAUGGAGAUGCUGGGGCUGACGCUCAGGGCGGGGAACGUGUGGUGUGGGAGUUCCAUAAUGUGACACUAACUCGAGUGCCUGGUUACGGCUUUGGCAUCGCGGUGAGUGGAGGUCGCGACAACCCACACUUCACCAACGGCGACCCUUCAAUAGCUAUCUCCGACGUGCUCAAGGCAGGACCAGCCGAGGGCAAGCUACAAAUUAAUGAUCGCCUUAUCUCUGCUAAUGGUAUCAGCUUGGAGAAUGUUGAUUAUGCAAGAGCGGUUCAGGUACUACGAGACUCAGGAGCUGCUGUCCAGCUGGUGGUUAAACGAAGAAUUGUUCUCCCUGCAGCACCUGAGGCCCAGACAAUUAAGGUUACCCUCACGAAAAACAAGAAAAAAGAUGAUUAUGGGGUAGUGUUGGGUUGCCGUAUUUAUGUGAAGGAAAUCACCAAUAAAGCUUCGGUAGAAAAAGAAGGCAACCUAAAGGAAGGUGAUGUCCUUCUACGUAUCAAUUCAAACUCAACGGACAACCUCACCCUAAAAGAGGCCAAAAAAUUAUUAGAUAGUACGAAGGAGAGACUAAGCCUUGUAGUCCGGAGAGAUCCACCACCCUCGAUGCUCGCACCACCAGACCUCACAGUAAAAGAUGUCCGCAAUCCAGAAUAUAGCGACACCCGACCAAACUACUCCAACCAAAAUGUGUACGUCCAGCCCCCAACCCGUUCAGAACUCUCUCGUGGUCUUUACGGUCCAGACACUCCCGAUGCCAAGAACAACCUCAUGAGGUCUGGGUAUAACCCUGGGGUGGGCAUGUCAUCUGGGGAAGCUCCCUAUGGUCUAGAUGACCAGGGUUCCCCCCAGGAUGACGCUCCUCCCCCACGCCCUCCCCUCCCCCGUCCCGAGGAUUACUACACCCGCCAUGCACCAAAGGAAGGCCAAAACUCACCAUCCAAGGGCCCCAGCCCCCCGGUACCAGACCCACGUUUUGUGAGCUUCAAGAAGGAGGGGAGUGUGGGUAUUCGACUUACCGGCGGCAACGAGGUGGGAAUUUUCGUGACGGCAGUGCAGCCAGGGUCCCAAGCUCAGCUCCAAGGGCUUAUACCAGGCGAUAAAAUACUGAAGGUUAACGACAUGGACAUGGCAGGCGUGACGAGAGAGGAGGCAGUCCUAUACCUCAUGAGUCUUCAGAAUCAGAUCGACCUUAUUGUACAGACACGUAGACAUGACUAUGAGUGCAUCCUGAAUAGUCAGAAAGGAGACCUAUUUUAUAUUAAGACACACUUCCACUAUGAGCCUAAUGGAAAAUCAGAAUUAAGUUUCCGUUCGGGAGACAUCUUCAGAGUGGUGGAUACACUACAUAAUGGUGUUGUGGGGGCAUGGCAGGUUCACAGAAUUGGCCGCAACAAUCAAGAAACUCAAAAGGGUAUAAUUCCUAACAAGGCUCGAGCAGAGGAACUGGCUACAGCUCAGUUUAAUGCUGCAAAGAAAGAGCAGACACAGUCAGAGUCGCGGAGCGGCUUCUUCAAGAGGCGGAGAAAUUCACGGAGAUCUAAGUCCUUGGGGAAGGAUCAUUGGGAAGAUGUGGUGUUUGCAGACUCAGUAUCUAAGUUUCCAGCUUAUGAGCGAGUAGCUCUUCGACACCCUGGCUUUGUGAGGCCCAUCGUCCUGUUUGGUCCCCUCUCCGACAUAGCACGAGAGAAACUCCUCAAGGAAAACCCCGACAAGUUUGCUUCUCCACGAAUAUACAUGCGGCUCACUAUGCCAAUUCCGUGUUACGGGGGGUAUCCGUACCCCUCACUCCGGGAAUUGGACAGCAGUGGGGAGAAACCUUCCGGCAUAAUCCGGCUUAGCGCAAUCCGGGAGAUAAUGGAUCGGGGUAAACACGCAGUCCUUGACAUCACUCCAAAUGCGGUAGAUCGGCUCAACUAUGCCCAGUUCUACCCAAUUGUUAUUUUCCUGAGGGCAGAAUCAAAGCAAAUUGUAAAAGAACUACGUAGUGGUUUUCCAAAGGGCAGGAUGAGUAGUAAGAAGCUGUUUGACCAAAGUGUAAAAUUGGAGAAAUUGUGGUCGCAUAUCUUCACAGCCACAAUUAGUCUCACACAACCUGAAGCUUGGUUCCGUAAAGUUCGUGAGAUUGUUGACAAACAACAGUCUGGACCCAUCUGGAUGUCUGAGACUAAGCCCACUGAGGCUCUGUCUGACGACUUCCUUUUCCCCAUGACCUCUCGCCUAUCCUAUGCUUCAUCUCCUGAGUCUGACCUAGAGACUGGACCUGAAUCCCGCACUCCUUCAAAAUCCCCCCAUCGGCCCCCUCCCUCCCACAAUCCAUAUUCAGAUUCUCGAGAGCCUAGAGGUCGCCUGGUCAAAAGCUCAUCAGAUCCCAGUUUAGCUGCACCAGAGGAAACGGAACCAAAUCCUUAUGGAGGACCACCACCGUACACAGCCAGCCCCACUAGACUUCAACCUGGACCCAAUGAUGCCUACGAUGACCGCAGAAAAUCUCAUGGUGGUGACAGCAAGUAUGGUUUUGCCAGUGGUGGUUCCUAUGGCUCUGAUCUAUACUCAUCCCGUCCCCCUGCGAGCAUGCAAGGCAGCAGCACGGGUGGCGGGGGAGGCAUGGGCUCCAUACCUGGCUCACCAUACUCAUCUGUUCCCCCACCUGGGUACAGUGGCCGGCCUCCACAGCAGACUUUACCCCCACCUAUGCAUUCACCUCACCACCGCCGAUCCCCCAAUGCCCCCUCUGGCCGUGGACCCCCCCAGGCGGGAUAUUCCCCACAAGGGCCAGGAGGAAACAUGGCCCCACCCCCAUACCUCAAUGGUCAUACUAAUGAAUCAGGGCCAGAAAUACCCCCAAAAGUAGAUCGCACCAGCAAACCUGGCAGGGUGAGAUCCGGUCAGGAUUUUGGGUAUGGGAAGGAACUGGAGUAUGAUGGCAACUACAUGAACACAGGACGUGGCAACAGUGUAGACCCUCAGCACAAGAGUCCCUACGAUAUGAUGAACCCAUCCUUGGGUCCCAAUGCUCAUGAUGACCUCAAAAGCAAAUUACAUCCACGAUCGCCACACGAGCCUUACCGAUACUCGCGGUCCUCCUCGCAGCCACCCACCUACCGUUCAGAUGAUCCUUACAGAUCAUCAGAUUAUAAGCCUUUACCUCCACCAAAGAGCAACAACUACAAACCUGUCCCACCGCCAAAGCCAAAAAAUUAUAAACCUCAACCGCCAGGCAGUAUACCUACCAGUGUGGAGGGAGGUGUUGGAGGCUGGGACAUGUAUAUGGAUGGCCGGAAAGCUUAUGAGCGAGGGAAUUACCACACCACCAGUAAUGGAGGACUCAGUGAUGACUACAGCGGCCUUGAUAGUGGACAAGGAAGUAGCCUAGAUAGAAAAUAUGAUACAUUUGGCAGAUCUUCGUAUGGCAAGGUAACAUCAGCAGCAUCAGGCAGAAGUGGAUAUUACCUCAACGUCCCACCUCCCCGAGAUAUGGUACCAGGAGGUGGGCAGCACGGUGGAGGACCAGGCGGUAGGGACUUACCCAAUCAUGAUCACAGAGGAAGUGCAUUUGAGCUUUACAAAAAGCCUCCAGAUCCCCGUGGCCCACCAGGCCAUCCUGCCUUACCUGUGUACUCAGACCAUGGAAACAGCAGGCGGUCGGUGGCAGACGAAGGCAAACAUAAGGUGAUAGCCACGGCGCGAGGGGUGUUUGAUCACAAGGGGGGCACACUCACCUCUGAGGAAACAGGCGUGUCCAUAGUCAUUCCCCCAGGGGCCAUAACCAAGGGCACGAAACAGGAGGUUUACUUCAAGGUGUGCCAGGACAACUCGCUGGUCCCUCCGCUCGACCAGAACAGAGGUGAGACCCUUCUUAGUCCUCUGGUGAUGUGUGGUCCCCAUGGGCUGCAGUUUGCACGACCUGUAGAGCUGCGACUCCCUCAUGCUGCCUCAGUGUCUCCCAAUACUUGGAGUUUUGCCCUUAAGUCCUCAGACACCCCCACAGGCCAGCCAGCACAGUGGACCAAUAUGUCCCUGGCCGACGCACCACACACUUCUCAUAUAGGUGCCAACUGCGUGUCUGUUUUAGUCGAUCACUUCUGAAGACGCAUGUAUAUUUAGCUCUGUUGAAUGCAGUUGAUUUAGUGAAUUUUUGAAGAUCUGAGUUUCAUGAUCAGCCACUUCACAACUUUCUACAUGGCUGAUCCACUCUGAAAACUUGACUGAACCACUGCUGAACCACUGUGUUAGUCUGCCACUUCUGAAAAUGUGUUGGUUGAACUUUGUGAAUUAUUUUCUGAAUCCCCUUGGAUGCUCUGAACAGUAAACUUUUCCUCACAUUUGUUGUGGACACUAUUAAAAUAUACGAUCUUGUGAUGUGCAUAAAAUUUUAUGGAUAUCAAGAAGUGAACGUGAUUAGUUGUGGAGCAUUGAUUUUCAUGUUGCAUACAAGUUUUUCAUGUAUUUCUCCUUUGAGAUGUCUUACAGAAAAAUCUCUUAUGUGUUCUAUGUACAAGCCAUCAAAUUUUCUUUCAUUCACAUAAGAAACUUGCAUAAUGGAAAUAAAAUGUGUAGGUUGGUUGUUGGAUGGAGUGCUGUCUUUCUAUAAUGAGAUUUUCUGCUGUUCUUAAUGUAAAAUGUGGAUGUCAGAACAUUAUUAUAUUAAAAUAUUUUUGCAUUACAAGAAAUAUGGAAUUGCGAUGAACGGUGUUGUAUAGCCCAGUUUGCCUUUCAGAUAUUUAUUAUUUCAACACUCCCAAAAUGCAUGCCAUUUUUUAUUGGUUUUUACUUAUAUUUCUCUCACCUUUAAUGCAGUUCAAAUGGUCAUUCGUUGUGAAGCUUAAAAUCUUCAGGUUGUUUCCUUGGUAGAUGUUGUUUUAAUUGUUGUUAGCCAUGGUUGUUUUCUAUUCACUCUUGUAGGGAAGGAUCUUCUGUAAUUACAAUUUUGAGUGAUUUGCAAGGGGUGUUUUUAAUUUACUUAUACAUUGGGAUUAUUGAUCAGUCCUACAAGAUGACAAAAUGACAUUAUAUGAGAUACUCUUAUGGCAAUUUAAAAAUGUUUCUGCUAGCAACUAUUAGACAAAACAUUAAAUAAUUUUUGAGCUGAAACUUGCUUGUAAUUGUAUGAGGAAGUUUCCAAGCUCAGGCUCUGCUGUAAUGGGAUACUGAAGUCUUUAAAUGACAAUAAUCAUUUCUGAAAUCAUGAUAAUGCUCAAAUUUGAUGGGUCAGAUAGGAGGGAUGGGGAGGGAAAUGGAAAAUGCCAUUGACUUUUGGACUUUAGCCAGUUUUCUUGCCUGUUGACACUACUGAAAUGUUACUGAUACACUCACGUAUUCUCUUAAAAAAGGAAUAAUCAAAAGACAAGUGUUUAUGAGGUUUUUAGCAUUAGUAUGUCUUUAUACAAGAAGGAUGUUAGCCAUAUGUUUUGGUGCACAAGUCUGUUUUUCAUCAGCAUUUACACGAGUACUGAACUGGAGACAGUUCUUAUGGUGUAGAAACUAAAGCACAACAUGACUGUCAGUAUUGAAAUUGAAAUCUGCAUUGCAUUAAAAAGUGCCUUUCCUAUUUCAAUAUAUAUAUAUAUAUAUAU